CCUGUUUGGCGACGCGGCCGCGCCGGGGCGGAUCGUGCGGCCGGCGGCUCCCUCGCGGCUCGCGGCGUCGGGGCCCGUGGCGCGGCGGCCGGCCCUCGGCCCCGGAGCCUCGGCGGCGCCACCAUGUACUCGGGAGCCGGCCCCGUGCUUGCGCCUCCUGGGCCCCCGCCACCGCCCAUCCAAGGAUAUGCCUUCAAGCCUCCACCUCGACCUGACUUUGGGACCUCGGGGAGAACAAUCAAACUCCAGGCCAACUUCUUUGAAAUGGACAUCCCCAAAAUUGACAUCUAUCACUACGAAUUGGAUAUCAAGCCAGAGAAAUGCCCAAGGAGAGUUAACAGGGAAAUAGUGGAACAUAUGGUCCAGCACUUUAAAACACAGAUCUUUGGGGAUCGGAAACCAGUGUUUGAUGGAAGGAAGAAUCUUUACACAGCCAUGCCCCUUCCAAUUGGGAGAGAUAAGGUGGAGCUAGAGGUCACGCUGCCGGGAGAAGGCAAGGACCGGAUUUUCAAGGUGUCCAUCAAGUGGGUGUCCUGCGUGAGCCUGCAGGCCCUACAUGACGCACUCUCGGGGCGUCUGCCCAGUGUCCCUUUCGAGACGAUCCAGGCCCUGGAUGUGGUCAUGAGGCAUUUGCCAUCCAUGAGGUACACCCCCGUGGGUCGCUCCUUUUUCACUGCCUCAGAGGGCUGCUCCAAUCCUCUUGGUGGAGGCCGAGAAGUGUGGUUUGGCUUCCAUCAGUCGGUCCGACCUUCUCUUUGGAAAAUGAUGCUGAAUAUAGACGUAUCGGCGACAGCAUUUUACAAGGCGCAGCCAGUGAUCGAGUUCGUUUGUGAAGUUUUGGAUUUUAAAAGUAUUGAAGAACAACAAAAACCUCUGACAGAUUCCCAAAGGGUAAAGUUUACCAAAGAAAUUAAAGGUCUAAAGGUGGAGAUAACGCACUGCGGGCAGAUGAAGAGGAAGUACCGUGUCUGCAACGUAACCAGGCGGCCUGCCAGUCACCAAACGUUCCCACUGCAGCAGGAGAGUGGGCAGACGGUGGAAUGCACAGUAGCCCAGUACUUCAAGGACAGGCACAAGCUGGUUCUGCGCUACCCCCACCUCCCAUGUUUACAAGUCGGACAGGAACAGAAACACACCUACCUUCCCUUGGAGGUCUGUAACAUAGUAGCAGGACAGAGAUGUAUAAAAAAAUUAACAGACAAUCAGACCUCAACCAUGAUCAGAGCGACUGCCAGGUCGGCACCCGAUAGGCAAGAAGAGAUCAGCAAAUUGAUGCGAAGUGCAAGUUUCAACACAGACCCGUACGUCCGUGAAUUUGGAAUCAUGGUGAAAGACGAAAUGACAGACGUGACUGGGCGGGUCCUGCAGCCGCCCUCCAUCCUCUAUGGGGGCAGGAACAAAGCGAUUGCCACCCCUGUCCAGGGUGUCUGGGACAUGAGGAACAAGCAAUUCCACACGGGCAUCGAGAUCAAGGUGUGGGCCAUUGCCUGCUUUGCACCCCAGCGCCAGUGCACGGAAGUUCAUCUUAAGUCCUUCACAGAGCAACUCAGAAAGAUCUCAAGAGAUGCUGGAAUGCCUAUCCAGGGCCAGCCGUGCUUCUGCAAGUAUGCCCAAGGAGCGGACAGUGUGGAGCCCAUGUUCCGGCACCUGAAGAAUACCUACGCUGGUCUGCAGCUGGUGGUGGUCAUUCUGCCUGGCAAGACCCCUGUGUAUGCUGAAGUCAAGCGUGUGGGUGACACGGUGCUGGGGAUGGCCACACAGUGCGUGCAGAUGAAAAAUGUGCAGAGAACCACACCACAGACCCUGUCCAACCUCUGCUUGAAGAUCAAUGUCAAGCUGGGGGGCGUCAACAACAUCCUGCUGCCCCAGGGCAGGCCUCCAGUGUUCCAGCAGCCCGUGAUCUUUCUGGGAGCAGAUGUCACUCACCCACCUGCAGGGGACGGGAAGAAGCCUUCAAUUGCUGCAGUCGUGGGCAGCAUGGAUGCACACCCCAACCGCUACUGCGCCACUGUGCGUGUGCAGCAGCACCGGCAAGAGAUCAUUCAGGACCUGGCCGCCAUGGUGCGUGAGCUGCUCAUCCAGUUCUACAAGUCCACACGCUUCAAGCCCACCCGCAUCAUCUUCUACCGCGACGGCGUCUCCGAAGGCCAGUUCCAGCAGGUCCUUCACCAUGAACUGCUGGCCAUCCGUGAGGCCUGCAUUAAGCUGGAAAAGGACUAUCAGCCGGGGAUCACGUUCAUCGUGGUGCAAAAGAGACACCACACGCGGCUCUUCUGCACUGACAAGAACGAGCGGGUUGGGAAGAGUGGGAACAUUCCAGCAGGCACAACUGUGGACACGAAAAUCACCCAUCCAACCGAGUUUGACUUCUACCUGUGUAGUCACGCCGGCAUCCAGGGGACAAGCAGGCCUUCCCACUACCACGUCCUCUGGGAUGACAAUCGUUUCUCUUCCGACGAGCUGCAGAUUCUCACCUACCAGCUGUGUCACACAUACGUGCGCUGCACACGCUCUGUGUCUAUCCCGGCGCCAGCCUAUUAUGCUCACCUGGUGGCCUUCCGGGCCAGGUACCACCUGGUGGACAAAGAACACGAUAGUGCUGAGGGAAGCCAUACCUCUGGGCAGAGCAAUGGGCGAGACCAUCAAGCCCUGGCCAAGGCCGUCCAGGUCCAUCAGGACACGCUGCGCACCAUGUACUUUGCUUGACGUGUUCUAGUGUUUAGCGAUUGUGUACCAAGUUGGAUUCACAUGAGACCAGCUACACUCAGACCAACAGACGCCCAGCCCUUCCGUGACAGCCAGCAUCGAACAUGAGACGUCAUUGAUUUUACCAGAUUCUCCAUUUUCCAGAUUGCCUUCCGUCCCAGAUUUCAAACUUGGAUUUUGAACUGCAGACCUGUAUGAGACCCCACUGUCGUAGGAAAUAUGGUUUGCCAAAAUCUAUAAGCUGCUUAUUAAAAUAGAGUCCCGUGUUUCCUAAAAAUCUCCUAAAACCAGUCUAUGAACUCAGGGCUUUAAAACAUUUUUUAAUUUAUUUGGUCAUUCAAUUUACUUGUUUUUAACACAUAAUUCUCUAUGAAAUUGAUGGGCUCAAACUAGCUGUGAAUGUUCUCUGAGAGUGAAAGCAACACAAAACAUUGUGGUUUUAAAGCCUUGAACAUUCUGAUGUUGUCACUGAAGUUGAUUUCCAAGUGGCGUGGUGUGCCUGUGGCCUGGCUGCACGAGCUCCGGCCCCAAGGGCAGUUGACCAUGCGCAGAGUCCACAGGUGUGUCUCACUCUGCCACUGCCUGCCUCUCACAGUGUGAGCUGAGGAGCAGUGGCAGAAGAAGGGCCACAUGUGUUUACAGCAGUGACAUGUCCAGAGAGAUUGGCAGACAAGUGCCAUUUUAAUAACAAUUUAUUUAAAAAGAGAAGAAAGACAAUAUACCGACAGUCUAAUCAUAAGAUUUGUCCUAUAGGACUGUGAUGUUUAUUUUCCAAAGUUUCUAAAGAAUACGGGUCUGUGGUGAUAAAUACAGUACAAUCCUUUUUCACUGUUAUGUCUUUAAUGUAAGAGAAGAAUAUAUAUAUCUGGUUUGCAGUAUUAAUGUGAUAGGUAGAUGCUGUUUUCCUUUUGUUGACUACGGGGUGCUUCUUGUGACCUGUUUUGCGUAUCAGGAGUGUUAGAGCCUAGAGACAGGCCACCUCUUGUGGCUCUUAGUGCUUAAGUACAGGAAUAUGCAACUGACUCCAUGUGACAGCCAUCUGCCCCCAGUGUGGACUGUGUGGCCUGUACCUCGGGAAGGGACUGCGUGUCCACCAGUCACUCGCCACUCCCUCUGCCUCCUCCCCAGUGUGCUGCUCAGCCGAUGAAGCACAAACGGAGUCUAUUUAUUCUUCCAUCGCUGGGAAACACGUUCACCUGUCAGAGUGCACUUCUCCCGGCGUGCAGUCUUGGUAGGCGAGUUUCAUAGGAUCUAUGCACUGAGACAGAAAGCUGCUGCCAGUAGCUCUCCUGGCUGCAGUCGGGGCAGUGGAACCUGCCCUGGGGGGGUCGCCCGUGGCGAGGCCAGCAGAGGGCACAGAGCGCUCUGUUGGGAUUUGCAUCCAGGUCCCCAGAUGUGGGUUUGCCAAUCUAGAAACCAUUGCACUAAGAGCGACACCACAGACGGCUUUGAAGGUGACAGCAGACAUGGCUGUUUGUGCUGAAUGGGCCUGUUGUCCUCGUGCGCAACUGAGACUCAUACCCGUGCUCCGUGUGGACCUUAAGGAAGGGGGCGAGCCUCCCCUGUGCUGCUUUGUGCCCUGCAGGUUUCCUCCCUGCUGAUGUCCCUUCCCCAUCCCUAUGUGACGUUACCUCUGGCACUGCGGUGGAGUGAGGGUCCCAAAGGUGGUGCCUCGUGCUGGAGUAGGCACCUGUCUGCCCCCGCCCUUCUCUCCAGGGUGUUGGGAGUGUUGGUGAGCCCCUGGCAGAGCAUCCUGACCCUGGGCCUGGGCUGGCGGCAGUGACCGGUGGCUGUGGUCUGUGAAGAUGUGUACUCAGUGGGGGGUGUGUCUGUGUGUGCAUGUGGGUCUCUUACUAAUGACAUUAGUCUUUUCUUGCUGUAUCUUUCUUUUACUGUUUUAAGUGACAGCAGCCUCCGCUCUAAGAAGCACUACAGCUGCCUGUUGUCUUAUUGGCAAAUGGCACUUUUUCCUGCUUCCCGAAGGACACAAAUACACUGAGCUGAGCUCACCGGGCACACUGAAGCUGAAGAGGGACUCUUGGCUAGUGAAUUUUUAGAAUCUGAAAUUUAGUUUCAGCCAUUCUUAGAGCCAUCUGGAACCACGUUACCCAAGGCGUUUCUCUACCCCUGUGACAGGAUCUCAGUGUCAGGGAAUGGUGGGUCUUAUUCAAAUGCAGGUACCGAGCCAGCUACAGACCUCCUGGAUCCAGUUCUGGGGAGCAGCGGGACAUCUGCAUUCUAAGCUGUCACUUGCAGCUCUAGAGGAGCUGGGGAGGCAUUCUGAGGCGCCCAGGCACCUGCAGGGAGCUCCUGCUCAGCCAAGCCAGGAGGUGCGAGGAGAGUGCAGGCUGGCCGGAAAUCAGACCUGGUUUUGUUUUGUUUUGUUUCUAGUUUAGUUUUGAUCACUUUGAAGGAUAAGUUUUCUUUGAAGAAGGGUACUUUUUUAUAGCCCUGUGCUUGUUUUGUAAAACUUUUAAUACUAAAAACAUUAACAGACCAAAUGUCCCCAUUUGUCAGCUGCAUCCCUUUGUACAUGUCUGAUGAUUCAGAACUUAAAUGGCUGUAGUCACAAUUUCUCAGGUAAAUAAUUGUUUGAUAACCCCAUUAUCAGCAUACAUUUUGAGACAGUGCAGAGCCUCGAGUGCAGUAGUGCGCCAACCCCGCUCGCUCAUGGAGACCAGGAGGUGCCGCCACUGCUCGGGCUCCCGGAUGGCUGCUUCCUCCCCGGGCUCCUGUGCUCAUGUUCACAUUUGAGGGCUGGCCACUCACUGGCUUUGUCCCCACCCCACUGUUAAGUAAGGUGUGCCUUGCUUUAAGCAAACUGAAUGUGAAGAUGACAAUGUGGAAAUCUGGAUUCAUCUAAAAGAAAAACUGGGAUUUCUCUCAUCUCUUUAAAAGAGGCCUACCAAUUAAUAAUGAUUCUUACUGGGACUCUUCCUAGUGUACUUCAAAAUACUCAUUUCUUAAAAUCAUUAGUGAACUCCCAUUUACCACUGUCCCUUAGACUCAGCAGCUCCUUUCUGUGAUAACUAAGCGAUGCCAGGCCCAGGGGAGAAUUUAAAGGAGAACCCCUGUAACAUCAGCAAAGACCCCAUCCUGUCACCUGGGUGUUGUGAGCUCAGCUUCCUAGCUCGGAAAAAUUUUGUAAGACUGGGUGUGUCGGUGAUUUUUAGAAAGGGGUUGCUUGCUCUUGGCCUGGGUUUCCUGUCUGGAGAAGUCUGCGUGUAAACUUUCUGACAUCCAUUCUAGGGUCUGCUUGGUCUUCUCCAGAUCAGGCUGCUUUGGCCAGGCAGUAUCCUGGCCCAGACUCAGAGGCUCCAGGCCAUCUUCCUGCCCCCACCCACCCCCUGGUGGGUGUGGCUGCCAGCAGGGAGUGAGCUCGGCUUGUGUACAGUGGCCUGAACAGUGCUGUUCCUGUUUACCCCUUUAUUGAGUGCUCAUUAGAAUGAUCAUUUAGGUUCAGUCCCUGCAGUGGGAUUCAGGAUUUGGGGGAAUUUUAUUGUUGUAUGUUGUUUUUAUUGUUGUUAAAUGCAAAUGUUGCUAUUUAUUUUUUUCCUUUCUGCUCUGGUUUGAUUUGGCCAAUGUGGGUAUUCCAGUGCAUGGUACCUGAUGAUAUGGUAGAAAUGAUUUUCCCCAAUUUUUAUAAAUGACCUAAUGUUUACCUUCAAGUUUGCUGGAUGAUUUUAUUUUUGAAAGCCACAAAUGUAGUUUUUCUGGAUGAAUUGUUUUUUUAAUAUACGCAGCUGUGUGCUUUCACAUUGAUCUGCCGGGUGGUUUAAAUUUUUAUUUUUACAAGGCAGUUUUUCAGUCAAAUUAUAUAUUUGAUACAAUAUGUCAAGGGCAGACCAGCCAUGCAUCAUGCAGUGGGACACCAGAGGGUCAGGGGCCUCUGGGGGCUGGUGGCCUCUCCUGGCUGCCCAGGGUCCUGGUAGCACUCAGCUUGUUGCCAGGGCCUCGGGAACCGGGUGGGUCUUUCAGUGCAUCUCAUCUGGCAGACAGUUACAAGGAUCUCUCACGGGCAUUUUCCUGCACCUAUGGACGUUCCGUUAGGCGCUUUAGAUGUUGACCUAAUCAGACAGUGGACAAUCCUGGUGGCCCCGACAAGCCAUAAGAAGCUCUCCUGUGACCUCUCUGACUCAUCUCUUGUGCUCAUGAGAAAAGGAAUGUAUAAGUAGAGACAGACACUCGCCAGCGUUCACAUGCCUCACCUGCAGAAUGCACAUGUUUUAUUUAUACUUCAAGCCCCAUCCCCUCUCCAGCUGCUGUGCCAGCAGUCUCACUGCUGUGACGUGUUUCCAUGUGAACACGGUGCACGUGUGACUCUGUCACGGGGGUGUCCCUGUUACAUGCAUGUUGAUGCUUUUGUAAGGAAAAUUUUUCAGCUCAAAGUAAUUGCACUGAUUUUUUGACAACUUCUUUUUAUCGUGUCACCUUUGCAUCCUGUAAUUGUUUGAAACGACUGUAAAUAGACUCACUGUGGCGAAAAUGAUGAGAAGACAGGAGCUGCUUGGCUUCCGUGCUGCUGCCUUGCGCUUCAGCGUUGCGCCUGAGCGUAGUGCAGGCUCGCCUCGGCCCGCUUCCUGCUCCUCAGCCUCGUGUCUUGACCCUUCGUGAAGGACAGACGACCCUCCUUUGCUUGUGUCUCUGACAGGAAGUUUCCAUCUGCUCUUCUGAUGUCUGCAGAGUCAAACUUACAGGACUGACUGUACACCUUUGGGAAACCUCUUGGUCUGUCCAAUUCCUUGCAUUUGCCAUGGCUCCCGAGAAUGCUUCUUGUAGUUCCAUCCAGCCUUUGGGCAGAAGCGUCUGCGUGGCCCAUGUUAACAGACCUUGGGGGCCUGUCUUACAUCUCUUUGGCCAGCUGUCAGUUUAAAGUCACAAGGUCACUGUCAUGUCAGACUGUCAUUUGUGGCUGCACCCAUAAAUGCCAGAGAGAACUGAAGCCCAGUGUUUGCUCAUAUACCUUGUGUUCUGCUGGAUCCAAGGGAUGUGUUCCAGCUGCCAUGUUUAACUCUGUUUGUGGUCAGGCUACCCAGUAUCAGAUACAGAAAGAAGCUUUUAAACCCAUACGGGUCGUGUGUGUGUGUGUGUGUGUGUGUGUGUGUGUGUGAGAUCAGUGCCAUCACGUUGCCCCAACUUUGCUUCUGUGGUUAUGUCCUGCCAUUUUAUUGUCUCAAGUGAAUGUAUUGACUUAGCCAAGUCACUAACAGAAGGUGGUUUCUGAAUACCUUUUAGUUAAAACAAACAGAUACAGAUAAAAAGCUACCUCUGAAAUCUCAAGAUUCUUAUUUGCUCUUAAGCGUAGCUGUCCACACUGAAAAUAGCCAAAAUGUUGCCUGAAUAAACUGAAUUUGGAACAUCUCUCUGUUCAGUUCUGGCUUGAAAAAGUGUGUGCCAUACUGUGACCAGGGCAGCCCCUCCUCUGCUGUGGCAGUGGACCAGGGACAACUCAGUGCUGUCCAGCUGUGAGGGUCGAGCGCUCUGGGAGGCCAGGCGCAAAGGAAAGGAGGGGCUCCCUGCGCAGUCAGAGUGCCUUCCGCCAGGCGGUCGGGAGCGCCUCCGCAGGGCGCGAGUGUGGAGCUGGGAGCGCCUCGCUCUGCCUGCCUGGGCUUUCCUGUUGAAUGCAAGAGGCACUUGUGUUCUGCUUGCUUCUAAAUGGGUUAACUACGGCUUUCUCUGCUUUCCUCUCCCUUUCUACCCACUCUCUAAAAUCACGAAGGUGCUUUAACACCGACUCUCACGUAAGAGACACCUUUGAGAUAGUUGCAGGGUUUCAAAAGAGGGCAGGCAUGAUUGACCUUUGAUUUUGAUCUGAGUUACUGUCACUCCCUAUUUAAAAAGGAACUAAAGGUUAAAAGCAAAAUGAUCUGUUACAACCCUGGGUCAUUUGAAGACCAUAGCUUGAGUGGAAGGUCCUGCCAGCCACCCUGGGGGUCAUACCUUGCAGGAAGUCUGGCCUGGGAGAGCCAGUGCCGCUGACCAGCCCACACGUGAUCAUCCACUUGGCUGUCAGAAGCGUCAUCCCCACACCCUGCACCGUGGAUCUGCCAGCAUCCCCCCGGCCCGCCUCCCGUCUUUCUGUAGGUUUCUCAUGUUCCUCUGGUCUUGGAGCUUGGCAGUCACUCCAGACCCCUCCCCCAAUUAUUUGGCUUUGGAAUUCUUAAGGGACAGGUGACAGUUCACCAGUGUAGGCGUAUGGUGUGUGGAGGUGGCUCUGUGCUCCCUGUGGCUUUGGCCCUAGCCGUCUGAUAUACCGUUCCCUGGAGAAGUUGCCUGUAACACUGUGGUUUGGGUUGGGAUGGGGUUCAUGCCAUGUGGCGUGCUUUGAUUCUGAAAGAGCCAAGUGCCCUUCUUCACAGUCUAAGAAUGUUUGAAUUCUGCCAUCACAUUGUUCUCUACCCCAGGAAGGUCGGGUGCCUGUGAUGUCCCUGACUUGCCUCCUUGGCUGCUUGACUCCUUGUUGGCCUUGGGUUUUCAGCCAGAGUCCGGUGCUGGGCAUUUGAGAAAACCGUGCAGCACCAGGCCCCCACUGCCCUCGGAUCUGCCUUGCCCCUGCACCGUCUCUAGUAGGCAGAGGUGAUUUCUCCGGCUCGGGGUGUGUGGGAAAGCUUAUUCAGAAGGAAGGCACUGAAGAUCACUGGGUGCUUUUGCUGGCACUUUUCUUCUUGGUUGUGGUGAGAAAUUCAGACAUGUUGGGUCUCUGGAGCCCUUGGUGGUGUGACUGAGGGUAGGUCCUCCCAUUGUCCCUCUCCCUUUGGCGGGGAGGAUGUGUGGAAGGAGGCUGAAUUAUCCCCUAUUUAAAACCUCCUUGGAUUUAGAUAGUUCGGAGUUAAAGCUAAAACACCAAAUAUUGAUUUCCCAUUCUGUUCUUUCUGUAAUUUCAAGGUCCUUAAAACUAGUGAGUUGAUCCCAAGAAUACCUGCGCCACUCACCGGUGGCGGGCAGGGCUGUGAUGCAGACUGCCUGGCAGAGCCAGCUGUGCGCACAGGACCGAGGCCCCUGGGCACCCUGGAGAUUGUGAGAACAGUCUCAAGGGUGGGGUGGGGCAGGCCCCCACCCUGAGAGGCGGGUAGCCCCAGGUCUUCCUCCGGUCUCCACCUGAGUCUGGAGACUCAGUCCCAGACUCUGUGCCUUUGAAAUCUGGUCCUCAGUGUCGUUUUAGAACGGCGCUGGGCAGGGUUUUAAGUGGAAGCAAGCCCGAGUCAUCCUACAAGUCAGCUGCCACUCCCUGCCACCCUCCGCUCCUGCCUGCAAACUGAUGCGGGCUGGCUUCGCUGCAUGUGGCCCACAGGUGGUCCAGGCACCAUCCCUCCCUCGCAUCUGCUACCCUCUGAGGAGCACACCUCUGCUGGGGUUUCAGGAGACUGAUGCAAGACCACCUCUUAGUCAGGCCUUGACCAUGACCAUCAGCAAAGCCUGAUGGUCUUGUUCCCUUAGUGACUCAGCAAGAAUAUCCGUUGUAAUGGACGUAGAUCGUUUAAAAAAAAAAAGGAGUGGGAAUCGUGUUGUGAACGUGUGUGAAGUCCUCAGAUGUAAGGUGCUCUUCGGUCCUUCUGUUCUUACCUUGUUGUUGGCUGUUUCGUGACUUGCGGGGACACCAUUUACUUGGCCUGGUGUCACGAGCUGUGCACACAGGACUCUGCUUUCACAUGCAGUUUCAUCUCUAGCUUUUCCAAGCCAGGUAUUGAGCAGCUUCUUGGUCAGUGGUCUGAUUGGAAACCACCCUCCCUGUCAAGGGAUGAUCUUGUUGGUUUUAAUUGGAGAAAUACUCCAUUGUGUUUAUUUUUAAAAUAUAUGGAAAAGGCCUUUCCCUUGGCAGAGUCACUGGCUGCAGAGGGAUGAUUCAUUAACAGCUUUGGUUCCUCUUCAAAGCCAAAUAGACACACGUGACUAAGAUCCUAAAGUAUGUAGUUUAAUUAGCAUUAAAUUGAAAUUCAAGUCCUAAGUUUGAUAGUGGAUUUUAAUAUAGUUGUUAAAGGUAUGAAUUCAUGUUUUAUAACUGUAGAGGCAAGUGAGUUUUUUAUUUUUUAAAAAGUUUUAAGAGAAUAAUUGUAAGUUUCUGUGUAGCAAAGUGGCUAAUGGCUCAUUAAAUACAAGAAGAGAAUGUAGUAUCUAAAUCCAGACUUUUCUUACCUCCGGUACACUUCAAGAUUACUUGCCUAAUAUGUAUUGAGGGGUUUUAACCCUUAUUUUAUCAAUUUUUCUAGUUUUAUUUUAUUUUUAUAAAAUAAUUGAAAAAGAACCAAAAAUGAAUUCAAAAGUCCCAUGAUGGAUCUUGCCCCUUCUUAAUUUUACCCCAUAAUAAGACAUUUUAGAAGACAUUUUGAAUCAAAAUGUAUUAUGACCAUUUGAAGUUUACUGUUUUCUAAGAAGUUGAGCAGCUAAAGGGCCUCAUUUCAGGUGGCACUCCAUGUGUUGUCCCUGGACUUGGUGGUACCUGCACGCGGAUCUGUGUGAAAAUGUCUCGUGCUUGCGACGUGGAGACCAUGCAGUGCUGUUUGUAAAUUGACAGUUCCUGUACAAAACCGUUAUUUAUAUACGUUGGCCUCUCUGUAUGAUUCUUAAUUUGCUACAUGGAUUGUAUAAUUAAUUAUAAAAUUAUAGUACCUGCUAAAUCCAAUCUGAGGCUUCAUGUCAUUAUCUUUGGUUUUGAUGCCAUUCUGUGUGUCAGGAUGUCCAGUGCUUGCGUGAUGCUAGGUGGUAAUGCCACUUUAAAUUAAGCCUUAAUCAGAUACUAAAUUUGUAAGUUUCAGAGUAUGCAAAAUAGUAGAGUGAGUUUAAACUGUUCCAAUCAAGACAUUAGAUCAUAAGUAAACAAUUUUUUUCUAAGUUAAAAAGGGAAGCAUCCAGUAAUUACCCCCCGCCCCCACCCCCGGUCUGGCUUGGCUCUUGCCCUUGCUUGAUGAAAAUGGACCAUUGUGCAUGUCUGUGGCAGUCAGUCAGUCAGAAGACCUGUUUGAAAGUCUAGAGACUUUUUCAGGGUUGCUUAAAAUGUUUGAUUUAUUUCCCCUCCAGUCUGAGAUUUAGUCAUGCUACUGGAGAGCACGAUUUGGGUGUGGGUCUUACUUGCAAACCUGCGCAUGUUGUAAGCUUCCUGCAGACAGUGCCACCUGUCAUUGCUUCUGCAUACGACGGAAAUGAAUUUAUGUUUUGUAAAAGCAUGAUUCAAUUUAGAGAUAAAAUGGAGGGGACCCAGCUUUCUUUACAAUGUGGAUCUACCUCAGUUAAACAGUUGGGUGCUAUUACUAAGUCUGUCAAAUUAAAUUGGAAAAAGUAACCAAACAGUGAGAUGUUAACUCCACAUGAAACUUGAAAUCAUAGUUUCCGUUUAUUUAAUAAUAUUUUUAUUUAUUUUGUGCCUUUUAUGUUGAACCCUAAUGCAUUUGAAAAAAAUCAGUGUAGAAUUAAGCAUUUUACAUUGCAGAGGGGGAGAAGAGCCCAAGUGGCCAUGGAAUUUGAUAGAUUCCCAGCCAACUGCUGCAGUAUAUCAGAACCCCAACUACCCUCUUGUGGAAAGGAAAAAAUUAUGUCUAAAAGCAAACUUACCAUUUUACAAAUUCCAAACUCUUCUAUGCAUAUAUUUGUAACUAUCACUUCCAUUUUCUGUGCCAAUGAAGGGGCGGCCAAAAAAAAAAAAUCCUUAAGUACUUUCUUCAUUGCUGUUGUAGCCAUUCAUGCCCCCCUCCUCUGGCGUACUCUACCAGAGCUUCUUCAUGAGCAGCAGAUGGCAGAUGGGCUCUGCUGGUCCAUCUCUCCUGGCCCAACCAGUGCCGGUGCUGAUGACCAGGAGCAGAGGAGGGGUGGGCUCGUGGCUGUCUAGAGGCGGGUUUCCACAGCUUAGGACGGCUUCCUGACGGGUAAGAAAAUCAGAUAGGAGAUUGGUGACUUUCCACACUUUUAUAUUUGGCGGUUUACAAUUCUAGACUUUUCCUACUAUGGCAAUCUUUUUUAACUUAAUUCUUUGGAGGUAACACAAUAUUUUGGAGUCUUAAGAAUUUGAUUUUAUACCAAUAAGAAAUAAAAGUUAGGGAUCUUUCCUGUAGUAUAUAGUUUUACUAUUUUAAGGAGAUCUCUGAAUUUUACAAGAGAACCAACAUUCCUUAGUGGCAAAACUUUGAAAGUUGAUUUGGGAGGCUUUUUGCUGUAGGAUCGUAAAAAAAAAAUAAUAAUAAUAAUAAUUCUAGUUUAAAUGUUUUUAAUUUUUUAACUUCCAUCAGGUUGAUACAUAAGCUAUAUUUUAUAAAGAGUUAAUCAUCCUUUAGUAUGCUGCAUAUAAAGAUCAGCGUUGUUGCACUUUCUCGGUAAUAAUAAAUGCCCUACAAUUGGCUCGCCAGGAAGCAUUUCGUUUUCCCCUGACAAGAGUACUCUGGGGGGUGGUGAUUAAAAUCUAUAUAGGUACCUCAAGAAAAAGAACCUGCAUAUGCUGCAUUUUGUUUCUUUAGCUUUUACAUGUAGCAUUUUGUCUUGCUUUGGUUAUUUUGUUUAGAUAUAUGCUUUCUGGACCCCAAUAGACUGUUCAAAGAAAAUUCAGAGUUACUCUUGCUGAGGUAUAGUAUCCUUUUUGAUGCACUGCAAUGUCUGAUUCAGAGGUUGCCCAGACACCUGAGGAAAGGGUGCUACAUGUAGCAGACAGAGAUGUUGCGGAUCCUUUCUGUUCACGCUGCUCUCAAUUCCCUUCUCCAUGUCAUCAGCAGUUGGACACCUUAUUUCUGAGCUCAAAGUUGAAAACCAUGGCAUUUUAGUUUUUCAACACAGACCUCACAGAGUUGCCACUGGGCAAGCGUGUGACCCACAGUGCUGCUGACGGCAGCAGCUGGUCAGCCUGGCCUCUGAAGAGCCAGCCUGUGCCCUUCUUCAUUCCUCAGCACUCACCCCGAGCGAUGGUGGGGGUGGUCUGGAUGGACAAGACCAGCUGGUGAAGGGAGCUAAAUGCUGAGACACUGAGCGCCUACUGUGUUAAGCUGAGCUGGGUCCUUUCAAGUUUGUUUUUACAGCUUACUAGGUUAAUUAGUUUGCACUAUUUUUGCAAUAAAUUCAUGGAAAACCUAACAGUUACUUGUUUUGUUUCUUACUGUGUGUAUAUAAACUAAUAUUAAAAGUUUGGCAUAGUGUUUUUUCACCUCCUUACAUAACCCCUAACAUGCACAGAAUGCUGUAAAUCUGAUAAAAUAUGAUGUGAAUGAUAUUUUAUAAAGUUAUUUUGUAUGGUGUCGAUUUUGUUUUGCCUCAUAGUAUGUCAGCAAAAAAAAAAAACAAAAAACAAAAAAACAAAAUAAAAUUCCUCGUAUUUACA